AAUGUCUCUUGAAGGACACGAAGAAAACUUUUUUCAACAGUAUGCCACUGAAUACGAAGCCAUCCGUAUUGGAUCUAUAGAUGGAACCGAUUCAGAGCCACACGAUCGAGCUAUUUUGCGGGCACUGUCCUCAGAGUAUGUGCCUAAUAAAUUGGUGAAGGGCAAUCCACAUUACACUGUAUUUGUCGGCAGACUUAAUCCAAGAACCACUCAGGACACAAUAUAUGCUGAAUUUUCAAAGCAAGGCAAAGUUAUACACUGUCGGCUAGUAAAGGACAUUGUUACUGGAAAAUCUAAGCAAUAUGCCUUUGUUGAAUAUGACUCGUCGAGUAGUGUAGAAAAAGCAUUAAAAAAUAUGCAUAAAGAGUACAUUGAUGGAUCGGAGGUGGUCGUUGAGCGCGAAGCAGAAAGGCGACUGCACGGAUGGAAACCACGUAGACUGGGAGGCGGCUUCGGUGGCCGUAAGGAGUCCGGCCAGUUACGGUUUGGCUGCAGAGAUAGACCAUUCAAGAAACCUAUAUUAAUUUCAUAAUCAAAACUCUGAGUGAUCUGUACUUUCGUUAAUAAAAUUGAAUAUAUUCUGUGUUUUGACAUUCUAACUCUAGUUGGUGAUGACACAAGAAACUCAGUUGCACUUCAAAAAUGAAGCAUCAAUAAAAAAAUGUGUGAUGUUUGUUGCAAAGAAAUCAAAGGUUGGUGUAAGUCGUUCACGAGAAUUGAAGCGAUUUUAUCUGCGUUAGAGGGAGCGCUGUUAAUAAUAUUCAUAGGCUUAUUGGCCCUCCUAAUACUCCACUUUAUAGUCUGCAAAGAACCAACAUUUACUACAACAACAACUACUACGUCUCGUUACACGAAAGAAACUAUCUACGUUACUGACUACAUCGAGACGUACAGUGAGCCCUCCGUUGAACCCAUACCUGAAAUAACGACCCAAAGGACCACUGAAGCUCACGAAAGCUCGCCCCAGAAUAAAGAUUGUACAUGGACUCCAUCUAAGAAAACUCAAGCCACUACUCGUUAUUAUGAAACCGACUUACUGAAAAACACACGUGACAAAAGUAUUUCUAUACAGUAUCCAGUGGUCCGACCCACUGAGGUCAUGGGUGCGGCCGACGAGUCGGAAGGAGAGGAUGCGGGGCCAGUAUUCGAGCGCUGCGUGUUAGCGUUGGUGAAAACGAGACCACACAGAGACAUGGUGUUCGGUUGCAUCCUCACAAUCGUGUCCGAUCACUGGACGCUCACGGCGGCCAGCUGCAUAGAGGCCAUCGAGGAAGUGGACUCGUUAGACUCGUUCGUGAUAAUGGAGAGCUACGGCAAACUGAGGAACGGCAUCGCCCACGGCGUCACCGACGUGCAGAUAAAUCCGUUCUACCGGGGAACCAACGCCAGCUACGACCUGGCCGCGCUCAAGACUGACGCUUCCCUCGUCGAGAGAAACGGUGUUCCCGUGCGCCUGCCGGAGAUGCUCGAUUAUUUCCUCGUCCCUCCGGGAGAGAAAUUCACAAUACUGGGCUACGGAAAUUACAGAACGAUAAGCAAAAAUGUUUUGGGGCGGAGUCUUCGUGAGGUGCACGUGCACAGCGUGCCCAGCGUGCAGUGCUACGUGGGAGAGGACAAGUGGGCGCCGCGGCACCUGUGGGGUGGGGCGGGGGCGGGGGCGGGGGCAAGCGCGGGGGCGGCGUGCGCGGUGGGGGCGCUGUGCGCGGGUUCGCUGUACGCGCGGGGGCUCCCCUGCAACUACUGCGCGGGCACGCCGCUGCUGAACGGUCGUCUACUGCUCGGCGUCAUGUCAGGGAACGCCCAGUGCGGUAUCACGUGCGAACCUGCUCUCUACGUCAACAUAGCUGUCGUCCGCGACUGGCUCGAUUACGUAAUAGAGUCCGACUGAAGCCAGUGUGAUAUUGUAGAUUGUUGCCCGACCGUUUUGAUCAAUGCCGGUGUUGAGAUCUCGUGAAUAAACUAUUUUCUUCACUAU